AUGAGGAAAACACUAGCAGAAAAAGCAAAAGCAGAUUCAGAAGUAGAAGAAGGAAGCAGUCUGAAAAUAAGGACAGAGGGAGACUUCAAUAUCAUCAUGGACCCAUCUGAAAAACUUGGAGAGUGCUGGAAUAUUAUCAAAAAGGAUAUCAUGACCUUUGUAAGUGAUUUUUUCAAUGGAAAGGGGUUGACUAAGUUCUACAUAGACACUUGCUUAGGCUUAAUACCAAAAGUUGAUUCUCCAUCCACCUUCAAAGAUUUUAGAACUAUCAACCAUAGAAGCUGUACUAACAAGAUCAUUUUGAUGCUUCUAGGUAGGAGACUGAAUCCUAUUCUCAACAAGCUUAUAUCUCAAAACCAGAGUAGGUUUGUAACAGGAAGACUGAUCAUAGAGAAUAUUAUGCUUGCCCAGGAGAUAAUUCAUGAUAUUUCAAUGCCUAAUCAAGGGAUAAAUUUAGUGAUCAAACUUGAUAUGGCUAAGGCAUAUGAAAGGCUCUCAUGGUCCUUCCUUUUCAAUGUCCUUCACAAAUUAGGUUUUAGCAGUGAAUGGAUUGAUAUUAUUAGAAGGAUCAUCUCUAGUGUUUGGUAA